CUGGUCCGGCAAAGAACCCGUUCGGCUGACGCACGGACCCACUGUACGGAGCAGGGCGCUUGUGUUUCGGAGGGCAGAGUACGAGUCGUGGCCGGCGGAGCUCAGGAGUCCAGCGCGGUCGCGAGUUUGGUCGCCUCUCUCCCCUGCAGACGCUGCCAUGGCGCAGUUCGUGUUCGAGAGCGACUUGCACUCUCUGCUUCAGCUGGACGCGCCCAUCCCCAAUGCACCCCUUGCGCGCUGGCAACGCAAAGCAAAGGAAGCCACGGGCCCAGCCCCUUCGCCCAUGCGGGCCGCCAACAGAUCACACAGCACCGGCCGGACUCCGGGCAGAACUCCUGGCAAAUCUAACUCCAAGGUUCAGACUACCCCUAGCAAACCUGGAGGUGACCGCUAUAUCCCCCAUCGCAGUGCUUCCCAAAUGGAGGUGGCCAGCUUCCUCUUGAGCAAAGAGAACCAGCCCGAAGACGGGGAGACGCCCACCAAGAAGGAGCAUCAGAAAGCCUGGGCUCUGAACCUGAACGGUUUUGAUGUGGAGGAAGCCAAGAUCCUCAGGCUCAGUGGAAAACCUCAGAAUGCCCCAGAAGGCUACCAGAACAGACUAAAAGUACUCUACAGCCAGAAAGCCACGCCUGGCUCCAGCCGGAAGACUUGCAGAUAUAUUCCUUCCCUGCCAGAUAGGAUUCUCGAUGCCCCUGAAAUCCGAAAUGACUACUACCUAAAUCUUGUGGAUUGGAGCUCUGGAAAUGUCUUGGCUGUGGCACUGGACAACAGUGUGUACUUAUGGAAUGCUGGUUCUGGCGACAUCCUGCAGCUGUUACAAAUGGAGCAGCCCGGGGACUAUAUAUCCUCCGUGGCCUGGAUCAAGGAGGGCAACUACCUUGCUGUGGGCACCAGUAAUGCUGAGGUGCAGCUCUGGGAUGUGCAACAGCAGAAACGACUUAGAAACAUGACCAGUCACUCCGCCCGAGUAAGCUCCUUAAGUUGGAACAGCUAUAUUCUCUCCAGUGGUUCACGCUCUGGCCACAUCCACCACCAUGAUGUUCGGGUAGCAGAACACCAUGUGGCCACGCUGAGUGGCCAUAGCCAAGAAGUAUGUGGCCUGCGCUGGGCCCCAGAUGGGCGACAUCUGGCAAGCGGUGGAAAUGAUAACGUGGUCAAUGUGUGGCCUAGUGGUCCUGGAGAAAGUGGCUGGGCUCCCCUGCACACAUUCACUCAACAUCAAGGUGCUGUCAAGGCUGUUGCGUGGUGUCCCUGGCAAUCCAAUAUUCUGGCAACAGGGGGAGGCACCAGUGACCGACACAUUCGCAUUUGGAAUGUCUGCUCUGGGGCCUGUCUGAAUGCUGUAGAUGCCCAUUCUCAGGUGUGCUCCAUCCUCUGGUCUCCCCACUAUAAGGAGCUUAUCUCAGGUCAUGGCUUUGCCCAGAACCAGCUGGUUAUUUGGAAGUACCCAACCAUGGCCAAGGUGGCUGAGCUCAAAGGUCACACAGCCCGGGUCCUGAGUCUCACCAUGAGUCCUGAUGGGGCCACAGUGGCAUCUGCAGCAGCCGAUGAGACUCUGCGGUUGUGGCGCUGCUUUGAGUUGGACCCUGCCGUGCGGCGGGAGCGGGAAAAGGCCAGCGUAGCUAAGAGUAGCCUUAUCCACCAAGGCAUCCGUUGACAACAAACCCAUUACCCCUCGGUUUUUUUUUGGUUUUUUUUUGUUUUGUUUUGUUUUUCUAAUAAAGUUGUA